UCAAUAUGUAGUCAGUCAUGUUCCGCCCCAUGAUGAUGUCACAGCUGUGUUAGUAUAAAUGAGCAGCAGACAGCUGGUCACUGUCAGACAGACAGGAGUCAUGUGGCGUCGAGGUUUCCUGCAGCAGACGGUCAGAUACAUGUCCACCAGCAGACAGGCGGGUGUCCUCUUUGACGUGGAUGGUGUUCUGCUUCGUGGUGGAUCUGUGAUUCCGGCCGCUCGACGAGCAUUUCGGAAGCUUGUGGACCAAAACAAUAACUUCCUGUUUCCUGUUGUCUUUGUCACAAACGCUGGAAGCUGUCAGAGACAUCACAAGGCACAGCAGCUGUCUCACUUUCUGGAUGUCCAGAUCUCCCCUGAGCAGGUUGUUCUGUCCCACAGCCCUUUGCAGAUGUUGAAGAGAUUCCAUGAUAAAUGUGUCCUGGUGUCUGGACAGGGUCCAGUCACAGACAUCGCCAACACUUUGGGUUUUCAGAAGGUCGUGACCGUCGAGACCCUCAGAGAACAUCACCCCCUGCUGGACAUGGUGGACCACAACAGGAGACCAGAACUACCUUCAUCUCCUCUGCAGACUCCUCCCAGAAUAGAAGCAAUCAUCUUGUUCGGGGAGCCAAUAAGAUGGGAGACCAACCUGCAGCUGCUAAUUGACGUACUGCUGACCAAUGGGAGUCCAGGUUGUGAGUACGACACUCAGCUGUUGGCACAGCUGCCAGUGCUCGCCUGUAACGUGGACCUGAUGUGGAUGGCAGAGGCCCCGUCACCACGGUUUGGUCACGGGAUGUUCAUGCUGUGUCUGGAGUCCAUCUAUAAGAAGCUGACGGGUCGAGAGCUUCAGUAUCAGGCGCUUCUUGGAAAACCAAGUCUGCUGACAUACCAGUACGCUGAGCGUCUGCUGAGGCUGCAGAAUCACAACCACAAGUUAACCACCAUCUACACCGUCGGCGACAACCUCAUGACAGAUAUCUAUGGUGCUAACCUGUACAACCGCUACCUGGCUCAGCAACACACUGCCAUGACAACCACUACCAAGCUUGUUGGCCAAGGAACAGGCAGUCAGGUGACGAUGGUGGUGCCGGAGGAGGAGCUGAUGUCUGCUGCUGCUCACUGUCACUCCAUACUGGUGUGCACCGGUGUCUAUAACCCCCACUCUCCGUUGCCUAGCAACCAGAGCAGCACAGUCACAGAGACAGUGUUUCACGGUCACAGAGAUCUGGUCCUGGAGCCGGACCUGAUGGAGCCAAGUCACGUGGUGGAGGAUGUGGAGGCCGCCGUCGAUCUGCUCCUGCAGCAUGAGUGCCCCAUCACCUCUGAACUCUGACACCUGACAGGUGACCUCUGACGUGACCCUGUUAGCUGUAUCGUUAGCUGGUCUACCUGUGCUGUGUUGGUAGCUCGUCAGUGCACAUUACCUAUGUGUCUGUCAACAGCUUUAAUAUAACGAUAUUAACACAUUACAGGUUGAUUACACGUACUGAUGAGCUGAAGAAAAAACCUGUGGGGUUUUAUAACAUGAAUUAAAGUUUUAAAAAAAACUUACAUAUGUAAAUAUUUACAUGUCAUGAAUGUGCAAAUAAAGAUGUAUUGGUUUAUAACAGAUGUCUACAGAUGUGGAGGCUGAAAUUGACCAGAAAAAUAAAACAGCUGUAAUUACACCAAACCAGUUA